GGGUUUGCCAUCGACAUUUGCCAAAAUGGACAGUCAACGGGGCGGACGUUCGCGGAGGUAUUACUGUAUUUAGAAUGGAGUCCCUAAAAUGGUUGUAUGCCACCUUCCGGCAAAUCUUGCAACCAAGCAAGUGGGAGACAUCUUGCUCUGCUUUCCUCUGGGCUUCAUCAGCGAGGCCGAGAAGGGGUCUUGUCGUCUGGGCAGCCCAGGAUCUUCAGACACACUGCCCAGGCUUGUGGUCCGGGGAGCUUACUUAAGUACUGCCAACACGGUGGUUUGACUUCACCCUCUCAGGCACACUCCAUUGUCACUCGAGACAGACCCAUGCCAGCGACAGAAGAUAGCCAUUCAACAUCACCUGCUUUUAUCAUGUCCAGAGACUCAAUUAACAUCUUCCCCUGUUCUGAGGUCCAAUGUCUAACACUGGUAUGUUGUUGUUGUCUUUACUCUUCCAGGAACCAUGUCUGCCGUGUGGCUACAGAUCGGACAGUGUGGCAACCAGAUUGGGCAGGAAUGGUGGCAAAUCGUUACCAGCACAAGUAGCCGAGAAGCUGACAUUUACCCAUUCUGCUCCCAGGAUGGCCAUCUGAGCGCCAUCUGUGUGGACAGUGAACCCAAAGUGGUGAGGAAGCUGCAGAAACAAGUCAAAAGAGGGGUAUUCAGAGAGUCCAAUCUCAUCAUGGGGAAGCAGGGACGAGGCAGCAACUGGGCUUAUGGUUAUCACGGCGUCCGUUCGGAGGGCGAGGAGAGCUUGUGCAGUCGAACGAUGGAGAGUCUGCGGAAAGAGGCCGAGAAAAGGGAUUUCUACGGUGGGACUGUGCUGUUCCACAGCCUCAGCGGGGGCACAGGAGCUGGGCUGAGUUCCCGGUUGUGCGAAGCCAUUCGAGAAGAGUACCCCCUGGGCCGCAUCCUGUCGGUCUCAGUGGCCCCGCACAAAGCUGGUGAGAGCCCUCUGCAGCACUACAACGCCCUGCUGUGCCUUUCUUGGCUCCAGAGGUAUGCAGACGGGGUCCUUCUGUUUCACAACGACGAGGUGCUGAAGCAGGCAGCCGCUCCCCUGGCGAGGAAGGACACUCCUGAAGCCUCGUGCCAAGUCUCCUUCCCUUCUAUGAAUGCCUACCUAGCUUCCUGCCUCGCUGGGCUUCUCUGCCCACUAAAGAUUUUCACAUCACAAAGUGGGGUUAACAUGGGGAUGGAGCCCUGGGAGCUGCUGAGAACCGUCUGCCCCAUGCCAGCCUUCAAGUUCCUCCACACAGCCCAAGCCAGCACAAGGGGGACGGUGUUUUGGGACAGCCUGGCGUCUUCUGUGCUGCAGCCGCUGCCUCGCCAGUCUCUGGAUGGAAAUCCUCACCAGAGCACAGCCGUGCUGGCUGUGGCUCGCGGCCCCCGGGAAGACGCCUUUCUCGCGAACCCCAGUUUGGUCCUGAGGAAGCUGAGGCAAGGCUACCGCUGCGUUGCGUGGAACCCCUUCGCUGCUACUUACUGGACCGAUGCUGCCAGCCUCAUGGCUCCUGGCCGGCACAGCUUGACCGUCUGUGCCAACCACAGCAGUUCAGCUGACCUCCUGCAGCGGGUGGAGCAGCGGGCAAGGGCCAUGUACGAGAGCAACGCUUUCCUGCACUGGUACUGGAGGCAUGGCUGCGAGGAAGGAGAUUUUGAGCAGGCCUUUGAGACGGUGCGCUCCGUCCUGGGAGAUUACAGCCACCUCGGGGAGUGAGUGCGAGGGAUGCAGGACCUCUAACAGAGCACCUCGUAACACUCGGGAGGAGCAGGGCCCAAGGAAAUAUGGGGUGACUCUCGUUAAGAAUGUGCCACCCCCCGCAAUCCACACCCGAACACACCCCAGGGUCAGCAUGGCUGCGUGACUGUGUAAAACAGGGUUUCCCAAACUUUGCUGUUUUUUGGACUACAGUUCCCAUCAUCCCUGACUACUGCUAGCUAGGGAUGAUGGGAGUUGUAGUCCCAAAACUGCGGGAGACCAAGUUUGGGAAAGGACCUGACUUUCAAAUGCAUACAUGCAAUCCCUUUUACAGGCGCUCUGGCCCACCCAGGAAUGCUUUUGGGAAUGAUUCUCGUGGGAAGGUCAGAAUGAGUCCUCUACCUAAAGUUCUCAGGGCACGUCCUGGACUUCAGCUCCCAUGAACCCCAUUCAGCACGGCUUUUGGUCCAGGAUGAUGGGAGCUGCAGUCCGGUGACAUCCGAAGAGCAUCAUGAGCCUCAUCCCUCUCUUUGAGCAAGGCCUGUCCAUGGGAAUUUCCAAAACCUAGUGCCCUGCCUGCUGACUUUCUGUGAAAAAAACAGUUGUCCAUCUGCGAUGGGCUCCCAGAUAGUGUCCCGCCACCCAGCAGUGGUCUGUGAAUGUCCACGCUGGAAAGUUUUAAUUUUAAUAAAUUCCGAAGGACCUUAGCAUCUAGCACAGUGCUGGACAGUUAUACAACAGGCAGGAGAAUCAUUGAGCGGUUCGCGAGGACCCUCAGUAACUUUCAAGUGGUCCGUGGAAGGUUUGGAAACCAGUGCUCUGUGCUUUAAAACAUCCAGCAACGUCCCUUAGUUGGCGAUCCGUAGUGUACAUAGGGCAACCUUUGCCCCACGCCACCCCGGCACUCUCCAGAUGUUUGCCACUGCAACUCCCAAAAGCCCAGGACGAAAGGGUGCACUGUGGGUGCCAGGGGAGACCUCUGUGGGUGAGGCCCGGCGCUAUAUGGGGGAGCUCUGUUCUAAUAGAUGGGUGCUGUCACGGAGCUGGCAGGGAAGGCUGCGGAGUUGAAGGAGGGGGGGAGAGAGGGGCCGGUAGAAGAGGCAGCACUGAAAGAGGGUUGAGAGCAAGAGGAAGCCACUCAGGUGAUGUGAACGAGCAUCAGCACCUCUCUACCAGCUCAGGCACUGUGCUGGUCCCGAGGGUUAACCGUGCGGCGAGGUCCAAGUCUAGUUUGAGGUCGAGGGUGCGGUAUGGAGGCUGUCCGUCAAAGCUGAAGCGGGAUCCAAGGCAGGGAGUCGGGUGAGGUCAGGAACUCAGGCAGAAGAGCAGGACAGGGUGCAGGCAGGAACAGGCGACCAACAAUGUUGCUCCCGCAACCUGGGACUGGGGCUGGCUGGCUUUUAUCUGCCCCGAGGCAUAGGGCAGCCCCGAUCCUCUGGUGACUUGCCUCUUCUGGCCUGGAGGCGAGUACUCCUCCUGCGGGAACUUAGUUCCCUCCGCCUCUCUGCCCUGAGCCUCUGCAGCUCAGGAGAGGCUGGAGGGUUACCAGACCCAGAGGCAACCUCAGCUUCCCCUGACAGGGCUGGGAGAGGAGCACCUGCAGGCAAUGGGUCCUCCAUCACCUCAUGGGCCAGAGCAGACUCAGCUGGUGCCUGCAUCUGAGGAUCCAGCACAGGUGAGGACCCUUCAGGCUCAUGUCCCAGCUCCGGCUCAGCUGGUUCUGGAGGUGGGGAAUCCUGUGCAGGCUGGGAUUCCUCAGGUUCAGCCUCCGAAUCCCAGGCCAUCACAGGCACAGAGGGAGAGGGAACACCUGUUCUGUCAGCUCAGGACAGGAGGGGGUUAAAACGCCGGGAACAACGGUGACAUUUGGGAUUGCCCAAGCUGCUUUGCUGGAGGAGGAGAAGGAAGUUCCCACUCCCGGGAUCCGCUACGGAUGAUUCGGAUGCUCGAAGCGAUGCUGUGUACCUUGUAAAUAUGUACAAUAAAGGCUGUAAAAUACAUCUCUGA